AUGGGCAACUGCGGGUCAUACAAUGAAAUAGGAUCCCAGUCAGCACGUCUAAGAUGGGGAUCUGAUGAAUCCAUAGCUGGCUCGUUGCGAAGAAAACGCAAAUCCAAGUCACCGUCAGUAUCAGCCAUUCAAACCUUAUCCACAAAGCCAUCACCCAAUAGUACGGAUCAAGAAAGCACGACAAAAAAAGCACGACACAAACCAUUCCCCGAGCCAUUGACAGCUACCCAAGUUGCCGAUGUGUUGCGUAGAGGAGAAAUAUCUACUUUGACCUCUAUGAACCACUGCAAUGCAAACACUACCAACGAACAAGAUUCAACAGAGCUUGUUCAACUCGCAGAUGUAUUGGAACACGACAGACUACGGUCUACAUACACGGUGCAACAGUUGAUUACUCAAGGGACAUACUGGACACUAUGGAGAGUGGUUCGAAUCAAUGACAAAAAGCAGAUGUUGAUCAAGAAAAUCAGCAAGGACAAGAUCCCUGUCGAGGAGCAAUAUUUUCAAGCAUGUGAGAACAACAGUGCGUGCCAAUGUAGCAAGUGUGAUUCUGUAAAAACAUCACGACCACCGAUUGAGCUCGUAUUGCUGCAAAGUAAAGACAGUGGACUUCCGCAACUAGUGGACUCGUGCGAAGAUGACAAUUACUAUUAUAUUGUGACCAAGCUACACGGACCAUCUCGUAAACGUUGGAAAAAUGCGUCUUCGUGGUUUGGACGAGGGAGAUGGUCGACAGUAUAUUGGCGAGAGUACUUGACAUGA